AUGGAGUCUCCACUUGAUUAUCCGGAGGGGGAAAAGGAGGACGUCAUGACCCGAUCCCCUUUGUCCCGAUCACAUCUUCGAUCUCGAUCACUGGCUGGAAUCCCGGGCAUGCCGUCGAUGACGCGCGCCUAUUCGUCUCCAGGGCUGGACUCCCGAAGUCGUUAUAUCUUCAUCAAUGGUCGGGCUCCGGACGCAAAGCGAAAUCUACCCCUGCAGAUGCGCCCCGACGAUCACGUCGAAUCCCGCAUGGGCUCCCUCAAUAUCUCAGAGACCAUCUCAGAGACCGCAGAGCUAGAGACUUAUCCGCGCUCGCCCUCCCAGUCAGGCUCUCCCGUCCUGAUGGCGCAAACGUUCCCCCGCAUCGGCCGCCUACGCUCGACUUCCCCCUUACCCUUCAACUCGAUCGGCAGCCCCUUGCAUUCCCCGCCAGCAUUGGGGGGCAAGUACAAUGAAGCUUAUCCAGUCAACUCCGCCUCGUCCGUCUCGUCCAUGUCCAUUCCCUCGACGCCGACUAGUCUGCGCUCCCGCAGUCCCAGCAUCUCCUCGCUAGAGACCAUCCCUGAUAUUCCCGAUGCAGAGAAUGAGGCGAUAGAAGAUGACCGCAUCGCCGAACUGAAAGCCGCGGCCGAUGCCGCCGACGCUGCCAGCAACGCCAACCGACGACGCGGGGCAUCUGAUGCGCCCAACUCCUUCACUACCACACGAGGUGGAACCAGUGGCUAUGGGGCUCGGAGCGACAAGCGCAAGCGAUGGAGUGUCUGCGGCGCCGAGCGAAGACAAGAUCUCGACCUCGAAACCAUCUGGGAGGACUGA